CCAUGGUCCAUACUCGUGGAUGUGGAGUUUAUUUUGAAUGUUUGAACAGGAAGUUGACCCGACAGCGCAGAGCAGCUGAGAUUACAUCCUAGCUAGUAUAUUUCAUUGAGCAUCCCAGCAGUCAUCACGAAAACCGGGGACGGCGUUGUGUCCUGGCGGGGACACAUCAGCUUCAUGUGCAGUUUAAACGGUCUAGAAUUAUGUUUUAUUUGUAGCUAUAAUGUUGAGGAAUAUAGUAGGAAUCAGAACAGUUGGGCAUACAGAUGUUAGCAGCUGUGGAGGAAGAACCCGUUAAUCCGAUGUAACAGUUUGACGGUGGGGGCAUCGCCGGACCGUGAGCAACAUGACGGAGAAACCGACUGUCCGCCAGCAGAGCUCGGAGAACAACUCUGUCAGCAGCAGCGAGUGGGACAUGGCAAACGAUGUGUUCGUGUCUGGCUACGACGACAAUCUGCUGCCAGACAGUGCUGCUGUCGGGGACCCGGACCCGGCGCAGCCCGGCUUGGACAGACACCUGCCACUACUGCCCCAGGAUGGCAUGAUGCUGGGCCUGGCUGGGGAGGAAUACUCGGGCUCAUCGUAUCUGGACAUCGAGCCAAACUACACCGAGAGUGACGGGAACGUCACAACCAAGAAGCGCAUACGGUCCAAUAGUUCCCGGCACCGCGGGGACAUCGUGACGGAAUUGGGACCAGAGGAGGUCCGGUGGUUUUACAAAGAGGACAAGCGGACGUGGAAGCCAUUCGUCGGACACGACUCGCUAAAAAUCGAGAUCCUCUAUCGGAGAUUCUGCGAGCAAAACCCCGACAAGGUCAAACGCCCCGUCGAUCCCACCGAGGCCGAGGGGAGAGAGGCUGCCAGGUCCGGCGACGUCCAGCCGGAGAGCGGGGCCGUUGACAGUGUUAGUGUUCGGGCGGAGCCGUCAUCACAGCGGGGAGGAGGGCAGCGGCGCUCGAUGUCAGAGGAGACGAAGGACCUGGACGACACCAGCAUCAUCGUGGAGGCAGUGUGUGUCAGAGGGGGGCUCUACGAGGUGGAUAUCCGAGAGAAGGAGUGCUACCCCGUUUACUGGAACCAACAAGACCGUAUUCCUGUGAUGAGGGGUCAGUGGUUCAUUGAUGGGACGUGGCUGCCCCUGGAGGAGGAUGAGAGUGACCUCAUCGAGCUGGAGCACCUCGCUCGUUUUCGGGGGCAACAGAUGAGGGACACCUACGAGAUGGAGGCAGUGACCACCACAGUGGACAGCAAGGAUGCCGUCCACAGUCUGAAGCUGAGCAGGAGUCACGUGGACUGGCACAGUGUGGAUGAGGUGUACCUGUACAGCGACGCCACCACCUCCAAGAUCGCACGCACCGUCACGCAGAAACUGGGCUUCUCUAAAGCCUCCAGCAGCGGGACACGUCUCCAUCGGGGGUACGUGGAGGAGGCGGCACCUGAGGACACCCCACCUGAAACCACACAUAUUGUUUUCGUGGUGCAUGGCAUCGGCCAGAAGAUGGACCAAGGCCGCAUAAUCAGGAACACCAGCAUGAUGAGAGACGCUGCCAGGAAGAUGGAGGAGAAGCACUUCUCUGAUCGCACCACAGAGCACGUCGAGUUCCUUCCUGUGGAGUGGAGGUCAAAGCUGGCUCUGGAUGGAGACACAGUGGACUCCAUCACUCCAGACAAAGUGCGAGGUCUCAGAGAUAUGCUGAACAGCAGCGCCAUGGACAUCAUGUACUACACCAGCCCCCUGUACAGAGACGAGAUUACCAGGGGUCUGACUCUGGAGCUGAAUCGUCUGUACUCACUCUUCUGCUCGCGGAAUCCAGACUUUGAGAAGAACGGGAAAGUGUCGAUAGUGUCGCACUCACUGGGUUGCGUCAUCACCUUCGACAUCAUGACAGGCUGGGACCCCGUUCGCUUCCAUCACCAAGAAGCGCCAGACCCAGAGGAGACGAAGGUCCGCUGGCCGAGUGACGAAGAGCGCCACCUUCAGGAGCAGCUGAGACUCACACACCUCAGGCUAAGGGACCUGGAGGAUCAGUUCCAGGGACUACAGACCUCGUCAUGUGUCGCAGUGCCAGCCUUGAGAUUCAAGGUGGAAAAUUUCUUCUGCAUGGGCUCUCCUCUGGCUGUGUUCCUGGCACUGCGAGGGAUCCGGCCUGGAAACAACAGUGUGCAGGACCACAUCCUCCCCACAACUAUCUGCAAACGCCUCUUCAACAUAUUCCAUCCCACAGACCCUGUGGCAUACAGAUUGGAGCCUCUCAUCUUAAAACACUACAGCAACAUUGCACCUGUUCAAAUCCACUGGUAUAACACCACCAGCCCAACACCGUAUGAUCAGAUCCGGCCCACACUGAUAAACCCCCCAAAGGAGACAGCGUCCGUCUCAGACUCAGAAAGCAUCCCCAGCCCCUGCACCUCCCCCCCACAGGCUCGUCGGCACUACGGAGAGUCUAUUACCAACCUGGGCAAGGCCAGCAUCAUGGGUGCUGCCAGUCUUGGGAAGGGAAUAGGAGGAAUCCUGUUUUCCCGCUUCUCACGUUCUAGCAGCCAGGUGGGUGGAGUUGAGGAGGAGCCGUCAGAUUGUGAGGGUGGAGCCUCUGAAGUAGAAAACGUGGCGUCGGGAGAAGAAGGAGUGGCGGUGGCAGACAGCGAGGAGAAGGACAAACAAACAGAGGAGGAGAGGAGGGAGGUGGAGGCAGCCAUGUCCCAGUCCACCUCAGCAGUCAUGGACAGCACCUCAUUGGAGCUGGAGAGACGCGUCGACUUUGAGCUGCGGGAGGGCUUGGUGGAGAGCCGCUAUUGGUCAGCGGUGACCUCACACACGGCCUAUUGGUGCUCUUAUGACGUGGCUCUUUUCCUCCUCACCUUCAUGUACAGACCCCAAGAACAAGCUGAACCUGCAGAGGACAACCCAGACACCUCGUAACAUUAGCAGGGGUCCACAUCGGAGCCGGGGUCAAAUCAAUUUCUAUUCAUGCCUUCUGAAAUACAAACUGAAGCUCAGCUCAUGGAGCUUCACAUCAUGUUUACAUGUUUUUAUCAAGAUGUAUUGCAGGUUAACUUAUUAUUACUAUAAUCCAGAUGCUCAUGACUGAUGCCGCUUCAUGAUUUGUUACCACUGUUUGAGCUGAGCGCCCACCGCACUAAAGGUCAUUGUCAGCAGAGUUGACCUUUGAACUUUGGCAGUAACCAAACAUGAGACUGCAGGUUGAUUUGACAUCAUGCUGCCACAAAUUAACGGCAAACUAAACCGACUGUUAUAACUGAGAUAACUGAAAAUGAUUUGACCCAACACACACACAUCACAUGACUCCUAAACUCCUCCCAGUUUACACACUAUAACCUCCACAUGACCUUUGCUCCAGACUGAGCUCAGACCUCAGAGAGCCUGUUGUCUGGUCUCUGCCAUGCUCACCUGUGCUGCUGUCAUCUGUCUGUGACCGUCUGAAAACAUACAACUUACAUGUGAUGAUCAUGUGACUAAUACUGUAGGAGGAGGCUGACACAGAUAGAUCUUAAAGCUGGAGUAGGUAAUCCUUGAGAUACUACUUUUUUAGUUAAGCCGCGUUUCCACUGCAGGAACUUUCCCCAGGAACUAGGAACCUUUUGAGGAACUAUGCACAUUUCCACCGCAGCAGCCAGGGUCUAAAUUUGGUUCUGGAGUAAAUGAUCGACCCCCAAAAACGUCGGUGGUCGGGGUAGCUCUUUCCAAAGGUUCAGGAACUUUUGGGGCUGUGGUCUGCACUGCUGAACAUUUCUGACUGAUCGAGUACUCGCUGCAUUUUAUUUCACCUGCAAUGUUUAAAAGUCUGCAGGGACCAAAUGAGCAAGUACCGAGCGAGCGAAUACAUCUUCCACACCGUGAAACAGGUUCAGGAGAAGGUAAAAAAAACUGAAACAUGACUUCAAAAAGAUUAAGGACCACAACAACUGGAGUGGCUAGGGUUGCCACCCAUCACGUUUAAUACGGGAUCGGCUCGUAUUUGAAAAUAAAAUGCUGCUUCUGCAACUUGUCCCAUAUUUCGUUGUCCUCAAAGUAAUAAUGUAAUGUCAAGUAAUAAUUUUUCAUGCACUUCCUGGGCCCUAAGGCUGCAGUGGAAACAAGGACAACAAUGGGCCACAGGAACCUUUUAGUUCCUGGAGAAAUUUUGGUUAAAGGUAAAAUAAAAUGCAGCGAGUACUCCACCAGUCAGAAAUGUUCAGCACUGCAGUCCCCACCCCCCAAAGUUCCUGAACCUUUGGAAAGUACUACCCCCUGACCAGGAACUUUUUUGGGGGGUCGAUCAAUUACCACGGAACUAAAUUUAGAUCCUGGUUCCUGCGGUCGAAACACGCAUAGUUCCUCAAAGGUUUCUGGUUCCUGGGGAAAGUUCCUGCAGUGGAAAUCUUUUUUCUUCUUUUUCUUCUUCCUCUUCUUCUCCUUCUUCUUGUUCUUUUCCUUCUUAUUAUUCCUCUUCAUCCUCUUCUUUUUCUUCUUCUUUCUCUUCUUCUUAGUUGGAGGUAUGUUGACAGACAGGUACAUACUUAGCCUGAAUGAAAUGAUUGGCCCUGUGGCUGUCACAAGGACAAAUUUCUUUCUGUUUAUUGUCAGAGUGUUUCAUUUCUUCACUGCUACCAGGACGUGAAGAGAAUUUAAAGAUACAUCACAAAAUGUUUAGAGAUCAGUGGAUUACCUGCCUUAGAUUUAAGACUCUACAGAAACAGCUGAUCCUUGAGUAAAAGCAACAUGAAGUCAGAUCAGCCAUGUCAUCCCCACACCCUCAGUUCAGUGCUGUGGAGCUACACCCACACCUAGUUACUGCAGAGCAUGUACAGGUGUUAGUUCCCUUAUUACCUGCGUCACCCAGAGUCUCGUGUGCAUGUAAAGAUACUGAGUAUCACUCCUGGCUGUAGCGGAGGGAUCAGAGUUAGUAUUAUAAGCUACAAGACGUUUGCAGCACGGGUCACUUCAGGAAGGGAUCCCUUCCUGUCCAGAGCCUCAUCACCUCAUGGAGCUUUAACUCUCAUAUUAACCUAUGUGGCUGCGUCUGUGAGCUGCCAACAGCCUGUGUUUGUAGCUCUUAUUCAUUGAGAGGUGACGUCCCGACCUCUCACUGCUCCGUCAAACAGUCGACAUGAAACAACAGCUGGUGUCAGAGCAUCUUUAGUGUGUGUCAACAUGUGGGUAUCCAUGACGACAAGGUGCCAUCAGAGAGCCGUUGUUUCACAUUUAUUUGAAAUCACACUGUGGCUCAGACAAAGCAUGAUGUGGAUAUGUGCCAUGUACAUAGCUCAUGGGCUUUGAUUUAUUGUGACUAAGAUAUUUAGAAACCUUCACACCUACCAUGACUGAAUCUGUUCACCCUCAUGUUGCUUUCAGUUGAUGUACAUGCUCACAGUGCUGUUAGAUGGAUGGAUUUGAGUCUUUAUGGGACAGCGUCUCUGGACACAGAGAUAGCCAUAGUUCUCAGAGUAAGGAAGAGAAGCAGCCUUCACUCCAAGGUUGAGCUCUGACACUGAAGUGGUUUCUGACUCCAGUUGUGCUAUUCUGAUCUGACUUCUGCACUCCAGCCACCAGCUGAUGGACAGCUGCACCUCGUCUAAACUUCAUUUAAAAGUCUCCACAGCUACAAAGCCACGUGUCCUGUUUCCCAUUCAGAUGUACCAGCUCUGUGUCUGCUGCAUGUUCACUGACUGUUUUAUUUAUACUCCUGGACUAAAAAACUGCAUUAUGUGUCAUUUCUUUUAUGGUUUUCUUUGAACAUUUAAAAGAAGUCAAAUAUCAGGUGAAUGAUGAUAAACAACAUGAACUCAUAUACAUGUGUUAUCAGAGAUUUUGCAAUAAUAAUGAUGACACUGAGGUGUGUGUGUGUGUGCGUGCGUACGUGCGUGCGUGCGUGUGUGUGUGUGGGGGUUUUUUGUCAGUUAUUUGAUGUUUGCAUCCGUGUGAAGAUCCUCCAACUGAUUCAAUGAUCCAACAACAGUUUUUCUCUCUGAUUUUCACUGUUGGGUGAAUAAUAACCAUGUGAAAGUAUGAGUCUGCACAGGAAGUCAUGCAAACUACAUGAAAGUCACUAAAAAAAUUCAUUACAAACCACCAGGAUAACUAAUGCAUAUGACUAAACUGAGUUCAGGUGCUGCAGCCUGGUCCAGUGUCUGUCCUGGUUUCUGUGUCCUUCUGGUAAACUGGAUCACCUCAGACUCACAAUUACCUGUGCCAUAUCUCUGCAACAUGAAGGGUGGUCUGCAGAGGACUGAGGUGGUCCUGAUGGAUCUUCUUGGAUGUAGCAUGUGUUUGGGGGCCAACCAUUUGCAGAGUCACUGUGGUCUGACAUGACAGUGUCCUGUUUAUUUUGCCAUUUUGUUUUUUGUUGUUAAUUAUUCUGAUGUUGCAAGUGAUCAAUGUCAUGAGGAGAGGAUCCUCUUCCUCAGUUCAGUGUAUGACUCUGUCAGUCUGUUGUCAUGCUCUCCUUUCUCUCUGUUCUGCUCCUCCUUGGAUGAUGUGGUGCUUUACCUUCAUAGGUCUUUGAUUUUUCAUUAAAAUAAAGGGGACCUGUGCCUCCCCACACCACC